AUGAAUAAUAGCAGAUCGUAUUAAGUAAUGAGAUAGUCUGGAUAAUCAGGAGCAUUUUAAACAACAUAUAAUGAAACUCAAUAGAUCCGUUAUAAGGAAGAAAGCUUUUAAAUCUCUCCUCAAUAAGCAAAUUGGGCUUCAACUUAGUUACUUGGAAAAGUUGAUGAUAAAGAUUUCAUGGUUGUACAACGUACUAAAAAUUAUGAGAAAUCAGAAGCAGAAAGACAGCAUCAUUAUGAAGAGUUAAUUUAAGAUAAUUUAAGAAUGAGGUAAUAAUGAUGCAAAUAUAUAGAGAAGUUAUUGAGUAAUUAAAAAGAGAAGUAGUUAAUUAUAAAUCAAAUUCAAGUUCUGAUGUGACCAUUCUUAGAAAAGAACUUUAAAUUACAUAAUAAGAAUUGGAAUCUACUUAAAAAGAAUUGAUGAUGUUAAGAAGUGAAAGUGAAUUUAAAAGUAGAACAGAAAUAGAUAAGUUAAUGAUUGAAUUGGAUUAAUGGAAACGUAAAUAUUCAGAACUUGAAUAAAAAGAUAAAGAUAAUUCAGAAUAAUUAAAACAGCUAGCAUAUUAUUAAAAUAAAUUGAAAUUAUUUGAAUUAGAAGCAAAAAAGAAAUUUGAAAAAUAUCAAUCUGUUGAUUUAAUAUAAUAACAAUUAAAUGAUUAAGAAUCAUUAAUUGAAGAAUUAAGAUUAGAAAUUUAAAGAUGGAAAGAUAAAUAUGAUGCUACUAUUUUAGAAAGUUAAGAGAUAAGAAUCAAAUUAUCUUAAAAUGAUAAAGUUAAUUCAUUGGAAACUGAUAUGGAAGCAUUAAUUCAUGAAUUAGGUUAAUGGAAGGAUAGAUGUAAAGCAUUAGAAGCACGUCAUUAAACAUCAGAUGAAGCUAAAUUAUUGGCAAGAAUAGAAUAAUUGAAUCGUUUAUUAGGUGAAAAAGAAUAAGAAAUGUAAAGGACUCGUCUUACUAUUAGUUAAUAAAUGACAUAGUAAAUGAGUUUAUAAUAAUCAUCAAAAAUGUCAUAAUAAUAAUAAUAAAUUAGUGAUUAUGAAAAUUAAUUAGAUUAAUUGAAAAGAUAAUUAGAAGUAGCAUAAUCUAAAAUUGAUUAAUAAAAUAAAGAAAUGGAAGGGUUCAGAUUAUCAGCUAAUGUUUAUAAUUCAGAAAGAUUUGAAGAAGUAGAAUAAGAAAAGUGGAAAUUAGAGAUUUAAAUUGAAUAAUUAGAAAAAGAUUGUGAUACAUUUAUGUUAAGAAUUAAAGAACUUGAAGAUACAUAUUCAGAAUUAUAGAUAAGAUAUAAUGAAUAAAAUGCAAAUUAUCUUAGAUACAAAGAUAUUGUAGAAUCUAACUCUUCAAAAUAUAAGAGUAUUGAAAAUUUAUCUAAAGAAUUAUAAAAUCUUUAAUAAGAACUUGAAGUUUGGAUGAAUCGUUACUUUUAAACUGAAAUCAGGUUGAAAGAAUAUGAUCAUUUGAGAGUAGAAUAUGAUGCUUUGAUAAAAUAGGGAAGUAAAUCUAUUACUAAUGUAACUACUAUAAAUAUUGAAAAUGAUAUUCAAUACAUUUCAUUAAAAAGAGAAAGAGAUAAUUAUUAAAGAUAAGUGUAAGAAUUAGAAUUAAGAAUCAAAGAAUUAUAAUCUUAAUAAUAAGUUAAAUAUAUUUAUGAUGAUACAAAAACUAAAGAAUUAGAAGCAAAACUCAAAGAAUAUCAAAAUAAAAUUUCAACUUAUGAAACAAGAAUUAGAGAAUUUGAACUAAGAACUAAGGAAUACGAAACUAGAAAUACUUAAUCUUUCAUUGAGAAAACUGUAGUCAUGACUGAUGAACCUAAAAUCAAAGAAUUAACUGAAAUUAUAUAACAAAAAAACUAAAAAUUACUUGAAUUAGAAAUGAAUUAAAAUUCUAAUUAAAAUUCUUUUAAUUCUAAUACUGUUUUAGUAAUAAAAGAAUAAGUAAGAACAAAAGAUUUAAAAAUAAGAGAACUAGAAACUUAAAUUUAAACUCUUUAAUUAGAAGUUGAAAGAUUAUAAAAUAUUAAAAAAGACCAAGAAACCAGAAUAAAUAUAAUGAUUUAAAAGGUAAAACCACAUUUUUUAUUUAGAUUACUGAAUAUGAAUCUUAAAUCAAUAUUUUAUAAGAAGUCAAAUUAAGAUAAUCUAAAAGAUCUCCUACAUAAUAAUAAUAAUAAUAAUAAUAAUAAUAAUAAUAAUAAUAAUAAUAAUAAUAAUAAUAAAUUAUUACUUCAACUACUAAUAUACAAUAAUAAUAACCAAAUGUUGAAACUACAAGUUAUGUUUAAUAGAGUACAACUUCCAAAAUUUAUCAAUCAUCUUCAUAAAAUCUACCAUCACCUACUCUCAUUUCUUAGAAUUAUUAAUUCUAACCAAUUUAGAAUAGUUCAACAACAACAACAAAGUAAGUGAUUAUUACUAAUGAUGUUCAAAAGUAAUAUAAAUAUCUAUUCUAGAAAUUUGUAUCCAAAAGAAGAUAAUAUAUCUUCAUAAAUUGUCGAUAGAAUUGAAUCUAGAGAUUAUACAAAUUAUUAAGCUCCUUAAAUAAUUGUAUCAUAAUACAAACCAAUUAAUUGA